ACUCCUCAACUAAUAACAAUACAAUUUCAAGCAAUAUGAGUUUCUACAAUAAUUUCUUUGAUUCCGAUUUUGAAGAUUUCUUUAACAGAGGUUUCUUCAAUAGACCAAGAAGAUAUGAAUCUUCUAUCCCUAAUGGUUAUUUCACUCCUAGAAGAUUGAUUGGUAAUACUUAUCCUCCUGCUAGAUCAUUGAUUCCUUAUGGUUAUCCAGGUGAGGUUUUCCCAACUGCUUUUGAUGAUGAUUUCUUUAAGCAUUUCAAUGAUGGUAAGAUGUUUGUUGGGUUUGAUAAUAAUGUUGAUUUAAAAGAAGAACAGGAUAAGUAUGUUGUUACUUGUAAGUUUGAUGAUUUGACUAAUAAGGAUUUCAAAGUUGAUUUCCUUAAGAAAGAAAAUGAAUUGAAAAUCAGUGUCGCUCAAAAGAUUUCCAAGACAGAUGAACAAACUGGUGCUAAAUCUGAAAGUUCAAGCAAUUAUCUGAGUAGUCUUAAAUUUGAUAAACCAGUCAAUCCAACUGCUAUUACAGCAGAAACUAAAGAUGGUAAUGUUUUGAUCACAGUUCCAAAAGUCGAAUCUGAUGCUGAAAAUGUGGUUACUAUUCAAUUCAAUAAUAAUGGUGAUAAUGUCAAGCAUGUUAUUGAUGAAAAACCAGCCAUUGCAAAUCAAGUUGAAAAUGAAAGCAAGUAAAUAGGUAAUUGUUAUGUAACUGGUUUUAUAUAGGUAAUUAUAUAUUUUUGUGAAUGAAUGUGAAUUGAAUUAA